AUGAGCGUAUGGCCAAGUAGCUCCCCUAAAGAAUUCACUAUUCUAAAACGUUAUAAUAAACAUAAGAAAAUAAAACUAGAGGAAAGUGAAAUAGUCAAUACACUUAUAGUUCCUGAAGUUAAUAUUUUUAUUAUUUUAACCCUAGAUCGUAUUUUAAUUUACAAUUUUAAACCAACUGCAUUAGUGGCAUGCCAUGAGAGAACAGAAUCUUCAAUUAAAGAGCUUGGCACAAAUGUAACGAUGACUUCAUCUUCUUUACUACUUAUUGAUGAAUCCAAUGCUACUUACUCUAAUGAAACCCCUUUUUAUAAACAAUAUCAUAAAGGUAAGACUGUCGUGUAUGUAAGAACUGAGAAAAACAGUCUGUUGGUUUAUCAAAUAUUAAGAGAUACAAAUAGUAAAAAUGUAUUUAAAGACUAUGGUAUACCAGUCAUGGAUAUAGCUGAUAAAUGUAAAAAUUUUGAUCCUAAAAUCUAUGAUAAUAUAAACGAUAAUAUUUUGAAGGUUGUUAAUUCUUCUAAUAAUAAUAUCAUUAUACAAAAUGGAUAUCAAAUCAAGGAAGAUAUUGGCUAUUUCCCAAAAAUAAAAUUAACUGUAGAAGCGCAGGAGGCUAUUGGUAUUAAAAGAUUAGAAUUGAGAUUAAAGACGAUUUUUAAUUUAGACCAUGAAGUCAUUGACAUGAUGGCCCUGAAAAAACUGGAAUCUAAUGGCAUAGGCUCGUCAGAUCUGGUAGUUCUUUUGUCUUCAACUGGCUUACAAUGUAUAAAUAUUUCGAAGUUUAAAAUUAAAAAAUCAGAUUUCAUACAUAUUAAGAAUGGUAUUAAGCUAGUUGUUGGAGGUUCAGAGGUUUUUGCAUUAUCCGCAAAUAAAGAAUUAAGCAGUGACAAUUCAGAUAAAAAUGAAAUAAAAUACACAAUAAAUUCUAUUGAUCUUUCCAAUAGACUUGCUACUCCAAUACAUGAUUUACCAUUCCUAGAUGAUUUAAAAAGUACUUUUGUAUUUAAUGACAAAUUAGUUCUAUUAACUUUUCAAAAAUUAGACUUUUUUAGUUUAGAAACUGGUGAACUUUUUAUGAGUUGGAGCCCAGGUUUCAAAAUAAAAUUUGGCAAAAGUUUAAAUACAAACAUAAUAGUAUUGAUUUCUGAGGAUAAUACUAUUUAUUUUUAUACAGAGUUUGGGAAUCUAAUAUAUUGCAACAAAAGAGAAGAUGGUUAUAAGUCGGUGUUUGACUUAUCUGAUUUCAUUUACUUUGAUAAGACAUUCAUCACAUUCAGUAAAAUAAGUAGCUAUCAAGUGUGGGAUUGUUGGGAAGAACUAAAACAAACUCAAUUUAAUUUUAAUUCACCUCAGCCAUUUGUUAUGAACAACUCGAACAACGAUAUUGCAUUUGUCUCGAAUUAUUUUGAUUCCUCUCUUAAUAAUAAUGGUUUCCAGAUAAUUAAACUUCCUACUCGUACGAUAAAUAACUGCAUUCCUCUUAUAAGGAUAAAUAGUGCUUCGAAAUUAUUAGCAAUAUAUAUAUCUAAUAAAGAUAUACUACUAUUGCAAAAUAUUGAAAUAGGUAUUUGGUAUAGUUUUGCUGACCAAUCUAUAAUUGAUAUGCAAUGGCUAGGGAGCAACUACCUAAUUUGUCAUAUUAAUGCAAAGGAUGGAAAUACAUUUUUGCAGUGUCUUCAUAUCCCACUAGAAUAUGUAAAUCGUAAGACUUAUUCUGAAUUUAUAAUUUGGGAACACAAAGUCCCAGCAAACGUUAAAGAUUUCAAAUAUUUUACAAAUGUUUUAUCCCAACCUCGGAAUAUUCCUGUCACUGAAGAUAAUAUAAAGGUUAAGGAAAAAUUAUGCGUCACUGGUGAAUUGAUUUUAAUUUAUGAUAACUAUAUUAAAGUAAUCGAUGUAAUCUCAGUACAACAUCGGGUGGGAUUGCAGGUUAUUCAUAGCUUUGCCUCAAGCUUAGAAAUUAACUGUCCCCAUCCCUUGGUAUAUAAAAACAUUUCAUGGUUAACAUUUUACAAGGACGGAUUUUUAGUACACUCAAAUGAUGGACUAUAUAAACUUUCUAAAGAGGGAGCAAAUUCAGAUUGGUCUGUGGUACUCUUGGCUACUAAUAUAGAAAGAAUAUUGGAUGUAAUGAACGAUAGCAUUUUCUUAAUUCAAAAGAACGCAUGUCUAUUGUAUAAGUUCAGAGAUUUGUGGGAAGGUAAACCUAAACCAUUAUCCAUUGGAAUUGAUGAUGAAUUUUACCCAAUAUAUAUUCAUGAUGAUUAUGCUGCUAUCCGAGGACUGCAUGUUGUCAAUAAAUCUCAUACGUUAAAGCUGCUUGUAAAACAUAAAAUUUAUUUGGAUGAGGUAAUAAGGUUUAGUUUAGAAGAUGAUGUCUCACCAGAGGAUAUUGCUAGCAAAUAUAUGUCACUGGAGUACUAUGACUUUGCCCUCGAGAAAAUAUUGUCAUAUUCAAUUCUUAAAAAUGAAGCAUCAGAAAAACUAGUCAAUUUAAUUCGGAUUUCAGAUAACAUGUCAGUAAAUGAAGGGAGAUUGUAUAAAAACUCCAAAUUAUUGAAAAUUUUUAGUUAUUCUUUGAGAAAAAUUGAGCCAAAGUAUUGGGAUAAGCUAUUUGAUAUAUUUGAGGUAAGUCCAAAAGAUUUAUUAAAAAUGUGCAUAGCAACAAAUAAUAUUAAGAUAUUGGGACUCCUUCUCAUUGUAUUCUUAAACUACGAUGAAUCUGAUCUAAGUGAAAAUUUCGCUGAUGAAAUUGAAGAAACAAAUCAAUUGGUUAAUAUAAGAUCAAUAGAAUCCACUAAAUUUGGGUCUGUGACAACUGCGAUGAAAGAUGGCAAGUUAAUGUUGGAGAUAUUACGAAUUUUAGUAACUAGUGCUUCUAAAUCAAAAGAAAUUCAAUCAGCAACAGAACUUUGGGAAAUGUGUUUUCAAUUAAUAAGGCUACUAAAAAGUUUGGAUAAAGAGAAUAAGACUAAUUUAACGACAACGGCAAUAGAAUUUUGUGCAUAG